UGGAACUGUCACGUCGUCGCUGGAUGAAGUGGAGAAUGUUACUGGGUGAUCCGAUUCGACACAUUCAGUAGUGUCCGGUGUCUUAGCGCGAUAAACUGACUUACUUACUUACUUACUUACUUACUUAUUCACCAGCCGUGCUGCAGCCACUUCCGCGAUUCGAGUGCAACGCUGUGUUUUUCCUUAUCAUCGACUCUGAUUUACGUCGUUGCUACAAGUCGCAUCGGGAUCAUCAAUUCCAAAUUAACAAUCAUGUCAGUUAAAGGGAUGCUGACACUUCUGGUUAUCGGCGUCGUCGCCGUCGCUGCAGACCAGGAACACGUCGCCGUGGUCCAUUUAACACCCCACAACAUCGACAAAGGAAAUGUUACCGGGGAGCUAAAAUUGACUCAAAACUCGAGUGACUCGCCUGUCACAAUAACUGGAACGAUCUACGGUCUACCCGAUGGUCUCCAUGGUUUCCACGUCCAUCAGGCCGGCGAUCUCAGCAACGGCUGCGUUUCUGCUCUCGGUCACUUCAACCCUGACAAGCUAGAUCACGGUGCUCCUGAAGACUCCGUGAGGCACGUCGGUGACCUGGGGAACAUCGACUCAAGGAACGGAGUUGCUACAGUGGAAAUAUCUGACAGCGUGAUUUCGCUGAGUGGCAGAAACAGCAUCAUUGGACGCAGUAUCGUCGUUCACGCGGGCGAAGAUGACCUGGGAAAAGGAAACCACUCUCUGUCCUUGAAAACCGGAAACGCUGGAGAUCGCGCCGCGUGUGGAGUAAUCGGCGUCCUGUCACCGUUAGACAGCUGGUUGCCAAAUUCUGGAACAUCGUUCUUAUGGUCCAGCUACAUGCUGAUUCUGUCAGCCGGAAUGGCGCUUAAAUUCUAGAGGAAAUUCAAUCGCGAUGUAAACGUAUAAUUUACUACGAGAAUUUUGAUUUUCCUUGAAGAAGAAUUCCCUUAUUUAUUUAUAUUCUUUAUCUGUUUAAACAAGUGUGCUAGUCGAGUGAAGCCAGCGCAUUUCGCGCGAGAAAUCUACCUGUUAUAUUGUUGUUUUAUUAUACGUUCGUGAUUAGCAUCGGUAGACUGUUAAAAAAUUAUUCAGGUAUUAAAUGUGAAGGAUAACAGAAGGAGACGAUUAGAAGAGAAGAAAUAACCGUGGUAAUUUUUUAAAAGAGAAAAAAUAAUUUGCACAGGAUUUUUUCUUUUAUUUCUUUCUGUAAAUUAAAUUCUGUAAAAGUAUUCGCGACGUAUUCAUAUUAUAUGUAUAUGGUAUUAGAAAAAGUUUGUUUCUCCCUAUACGAAUGGCUCACAGGUCGAUAAACCGCCUGUUCGAUAAGCAUCUGCGAUUUAUCGCAACGUGAACGAUAUCCAAGA